AGAGAGAAUACAAGAAAGUGAGCAAUACAAAUUUGUAGGAGCUGAACGCACUCAUAAUAAAGAGAUAAGUAGAAGAACAACUGGUGCAGAAUCCUUCAUGCUCUCUUGAAGAAAGCAAUCAUGAAUCACCACUCUCAGAAAGCACUAGCUCUCGAGAUCAAAGCCUCAAUGACCUUGAUUUUACCUCUCUCAACUCCACCAAAACUUGCCUGACAAAAUCCUAGAAACCAUGAAACUUCCUCUUCUCUUCCUUCUCACAUUCUCCUAUUGCUUCCUCACGCCAUCAUCCCUAACACUAUCCGUUUCCCUUCCUCUCCAGCUCGUCUCUCUCCUCUCCUUGAAAUCAUCCCUCAAAGACCCUCUCUCAACAUUCCGUGAUUGGGACCCUACUCCGUUAUUCUCCAACGCGAAUCUUCAGGACCCUAUCUGGUGCUCGUGGUCCGGCGUGAAGUGCAAUGCCGAGAGAUCUCUAGUCGUGUCCCUCGACCUCUCUCGCUGCAACCUCUCUGGCGUGAUCCCGGCUGAAAUCCGGUAUCUGUCAGGCUUAGUCCACUUGAAUUUGAGUGGAAAUGCCUUUGAGGGGCCUCUUCAAGCAGCCAUUUUUGAGCUGAUAGAGCUCAGGACACUGGACAUCAGCCACAACUCCUUCAACUCAAGCCUCCCACCAGAAAUAUCAAAGCUCAAGUCCCUGAAGAUCUUCAACGCUUACAGCAACAACUUCACUGGCCCGCUUCCCCAGGAGAUUAUUGGACUCCGAUUCCUAGAGUACCUCAACCUUGGGGGAAGCUACUUCGAUGGCGAGAUUCCGCCAGGCUAUGGCAGUUUUCUGAGGCUGAAGUCUCUUUACCUGCAAGGAAAUCUCCUAGGUGGACAAAUUCCACCUCAAUUAGGAUUCUUGCUUCAAUUAGAGCACCUAGAAAUCGGGUACAACCACUACAACAGUGGCGUCCCCUCGGAAUUUGCACUUCUAUCGAAUCUCAAGUACUUGGACAUCUCAGUUGCCAAUCUUUCAGGUCCACUGAGGCCAGAGCUCGGAAACUUGACUAAGUUGGAGACGAUAUUAUUAUUCAAGAAUCACUUGACCAACGAGAUCCCGCCAAGUUUUGCUCAACUGAAAGCGCUGCAAGCUCUCGAUUUAUCAAAUAAUCAGCUCUCGGGGAUGAUACCGGAAGGCUUGGCCAUGCUAAAGGAGCUGACCAAUUUGAGAUUAAUGAUCAACAACCUGAGCGGCGAAAUACCGGCCGGGAUCGGCGAGCUCCCAAACCUGGAAACCUUGGAGCUCUGGAACAACUCUCUUACCGGAAUCCUCCCGCAGAAGCUUGGCUUGAGUUCGAAUUUGACUUGGCUUGACGUGUCGUCCAAUUCGCUCAGAGGAAGGAUCCCGCCGAAUCUUUGCCUAGGAAAAAAGUUAGUGAAGCUGGUCCUCUUCUCCAACAGGUUUGAAAAUGAGCUUCCUGCAUCUCUGGCAAACUGCACCGCUUUAUAUAGGCUAAGGAUCCAUAACAACAUGCUAAACGGGUCGAUCCCCCGAGGUUUCGGGCUCUUACCAAAUCUAACGUUCAUGGAAUUGAGCAAGAACGGCUUCAGCGGCCAAAUUCCCGACGAUCUUGGUAAUGCAGCAGCUCUGCAGUACCUAGACAUAUCGGAGAAUUCCUUCAAGACCAACUUGCCCAGUAACAUAUGGGGCACGCCUAAAUUGCAAGUUCUCUUGGCAAGUUCGUCGAAAAUCUCUGGCAAGAUUCCCGACUUCAUCGGGUGCAAAAGUUUGUAUAAGAUUGAAUUAGGAGGGAAUUCGCUAAAUGGUAGCAUUCCUUGGGACAUUGAUCACUGCGAAAAGCUUCUCUCUCUCAACUUAAGUAGGAACAUGCUGACAGGCAUUAUCCCUUGGGAGAUAUCCACGCUUCCUUCAAUCACCAAUGUCGACCUCUCCCAUAACCUCCUGAACGGAAGCAUCCCUUCAAAUUUCGACAAUUGCAGGACGUUGGAAAGCUUCAACGUGUCAUUCAAUCAGCUCACGGGGCCGAUACCGUCUUCCAGCACAAUCUUCAGGAACUUGCACCCUUCAUCGUUUUCGGGCAACCGGGACCUAUGUGGGGGCGUCCUGGAAAAGCCAUGCGCCGGUGACAUGCUCGGCGCCGGCGAAGUGGAGGUGCGGCGACGGCAGCAGCCAAGGCAGACUGCGGGCACGAUUGUGUGGAUCACUGUGGCAGCCUUCGGCAUCGGCCUAUUCGUUCUCAUUGCUGGCACUAGGUGCUUCCAUGCCAACUAUAGCACUAGAUUCGCUAAUCAUCAAGAACGGGAGGUCGGCCCAUGGAAGCUGACAGCCUUCCAGAGGCUGAACUUUACUGCGGAUGACGUGGUGGAGUGCCUGUCAAUGACCGAAAAGAUCAUAGGGAUGGGGUCUGCAGGCACGGUGUACAAGGCUGAAAUGCCGGGCGGCGAGAUCAUAGCGGUGAAGAAUCUAUGGGGGAAGCAGAAGGAGCACAUGAGGAGGAGGAGAGGGGUCUUGGCUGAGGUUGAAGUGUUGGGGAAUGUGAGGCACAGGAAUAUUGUGAGAUUAUUGGGGUGUUGCAGCAACAGAGAGUGCACAAUGCUGCUCUAUGAGUAUAUGCCUAAUGGCAAUUUAGAUGAUCUGUUGCAUGGGAAGAACAAGGAUCAGAAUUUGGGGGCUGAUUGGGUGAUUAGGUACAAGAUUGCACUUGGCGUGGCUCAGGGGAUAUGUUAUCUGCACCACGACUGCAAUCCCCUGAUCGUGCACCGCGACCUCAAACCGAGCAACAUAUUGUUGGAUGCGGAGAUGGACGCCCGAGUGGCAGAUUUUGGGGUGGCGAAGUUGAUUCAGAGCGAUGAGUCCAUGUCCGUGAUCGCAGGGUCUUAUGGCUACAUUGCCCCAGAAUACGCUUACACACUACAAGUCGAUGAGAAGAGCGACAUCUACAGCUACGGGGUGGUGCUGAUGGAGUUGCUGAGCGGCAAAAGAUCAGUUGAUCCCGAGUUCGGCGAAGGCAAUAGCAUCGUGGAUUGGGUCAGGUCGAAAAUGAAAAACAAGGACGGCAUCCUCGACAUUUUGGACGGGGACGCGGGCGCGACGUGCGUGUCGGUGAGGGAGGAAAUGAUCCAGCUGCUGAGGAUUGCACUGCUUUGCACUAGCAAGAACCCAGCAGAUAGACCUUCCAUGAGGGACGUGGUGUUGAUGUUGCAUGAGGCGAGGCCCAACAGAAAAUUGCCUGGGAAUUUAACCAUUAAUGUUGAAGAAAUUGGUGGUGAUGGAGGUCCACAGAAGCCAGCAUUGGUUUGUUAAUAUGGCGUUGGUGUAUUGUCACUGGGAUUUCCUUUUUUCUUUUCCCCCUUUUCCUUUUUUUUGAUUUUUCACAUUGGGUUGGGAUUGGUAUAGCAGAAGUGGUUUUCUUUUUACACUUAAAAUAGAAUUUCCGAGCGUGUUUUUAUCUUGUUCGGCUAGGCCAUGUUGCUUUUUUAUCGAGUGAUGUGUGAGACCUUUUGCAAAAUUUCACCUUCACUGUUUAAUC